CCGCAUUGCUCCUGCUUUUGCGUCUUCGUUUACGACUCCGUUGAGCCCCGCCCCUCCCAGAGAGGCCUCCGUAGCGCAGACACUUGGCGCUCAGGACUUCAGUGACGUCAUCUUUCUGCGGCGCGCGGACACCCGCAGGUGGAAGAAGAAACAGCUUCGCCACCCUUCGUUUCUUUUGCUGGGCUGCUGCUUCUUCGGCAUUAUGGCGCCGUCGCUUUGGAAGGGGCUGGUAGGCAUCGGUCUCUUUGCCCUAGCCCACGCCGCCUUUUCCGCUGCGCAGCAUCGUUCUUAUAUGCGACUAACAGAAAAGGAAGAUGAAUCACUGCCAAUAGAUAUAGUUCUUCAGACACUUCUGGCCUUUGCAGUUACCUGUUACGGCAUAGUUCAUAUUGCAGGGGAGUUUAAAGACAUGGAUGCUACUUCAGAACUGAAAAAUAAGACAUUUGAUACAUUAAGAAAUCACCCAUCCUUUUAUGUAUUUAAUCAUCGUGGUCGAGUACUGUUCCGGCCUUCGGAUACAGCAAAUUCUUCAAAUCAAGAUGCAUUGUCCUCUAACACAUCAUUGAAGUUACGAAAACUUGAAUCGCUGCGUCGUUAAGAUUUUUACAAAUUAUGAUAAAUAGGACAAGACACAGAGCUGAAAUAUCGGAGUUUGGGGUAUAAAACACUCCUUCCCCCCCCAUUAGUAUUUAUAUUGAUUUUUCAGACCUACUUUAGGAAAAACCAUGCCCCUUGUUUAUAUACUAUUAAUUCAAUCAUUAUGCAGUAUAAGUUAUAUGUGAAAUGGGUCUUUGGUAUUUCAUAUAGGGAAUUUUUUUUUCGUUUAAAACAAAUCCACAUCUUUUGUAAAAGCCACUGUUUUGAACACAUUUCCUUGAAAACCAUUGGUGUUUUUUGUGAUUAUUUAUUUUCGUAGAUGUCUUUUCUUUUGCACUACAAUGUUUGAAAUCCUUUUGGAAAUACUCUGUGACUACUGCAUUUUGCAGCAUGAAUUAUGGUAAAAUGGUCUUCAGUUCUUAACAAAUGGACUUCCCUAAUGAGACCAAAAUGGUGAUUUAACAGUUUUUCUUGUGUCCCCUAAAAAGUGGCUGUGCUUUAGAAGUACUUGCCAGUUUUUAAUUUAUGUGUGACUUUUCACCCCAACCUGCUCCCAUAUGCCUUCUACUAUUGGCUGUCUUGUUUCAUCACUUCUCUGAGGUUCUGUGUGUAGUGGGCAAUGUCUGUGUCAGAAAUUCUUUGUCAGAACAAAUAUAUUUAACAAGCUCAACUUGCUGUAAAGCUACUUGUGUUCUCCUUUGUCUGUAAAAAUUUCCCUAAUUGAUUAUAUAGUGUAAGAGUAGUUGAAGACUAGUUGAAGACCUUUUGUGAUUUCAUUAUCUUGCCUAUGUAGAAGAAAAAUCAUUGAGGAAAAUUGUCAUUAGCCAGUUUAACUGAUUUAAAAUCUGUUUACUUCAUACUAAAGUAGUGAAUAAGCGAAAUAAAGGAAACUUGCCAUUAAUCUAAAGACAGACUUCAAAGGAAUUUGGGCCAAAUAUAUUCUCAAUAUUUGGACUAAUGUUUUGAGAAAAAUCAGGUCAUUUAAGAAAUUGUUUUGUAGUUUCUGACUUAUAGCAGGCUUCGAGUUUUCCAUCUUCACUAUAUGGUGCUGAAAGUGAGGAUGAGGAUACAGAGUUGAUAUUUUUAGAAAUGGUAAUUUUAUUUUCAAGGAAAUUGGCUAGCUCUUGGAGCUAGAGAGCAGUAGGAAGCUCAACAUUUCUUUGUAGAGAACGUUGCUUUUGUUGGAUUGUACAGGUGUAAAAACAUUGCUUUUUUUGAAUUGUAUAGGUGUAAAGGGAAUAACCGUAUGCGGGUUUUAAAAGGAAAUGUGCUUUAAGCACAAGUCAUAAGAUGCCAUUGUACUUGUAGACAUUUUUUUUUUUUUCUUUUAGAAAUGAGCCUCAGCUCUUCUCUUCUGACUGGUAACACAUAGCCCCAAAGCAUGAAGUUAUUUUUUCAUUGGGUUUUUAUUCUUGUUGUUUAGUUUUGGUUUGUUAUGCCAACCCAGUCUGUUGAGCACUGAUUCUGCUCUUUAAUGAGAACAAAGUUAGAAAUCUGAUAACUGAAAGUAAUUUAGAAAUGAAUUAAAAUGUGAAAUCUGGUUAAAGUGAUGAUAACUUAAAACAGCAUGCAAGAAACAAGCUCAUUCCAUCAGACUUGGCUACUGUUUCCUCAGGUAUGAUUUGGUUUGGAAGAGCCUCUUGUUUCCUUCUCUUUGGGGGCUGUCUUCCUUUCUUAAUAUGUUUGUAACAUUAUUGAGAUGAAAUUCAUAUACCUUACAAUUCACCCAUUUUAACGGUACAAUUCAGUGGUUUUUAGUGUAUUCACAAAGUUGUGUAACCGUGACCACAGUCAGUUUGAGAACAUUUUGUUAACCCAAAAAGAAACACUGCACCUUUGAGCAGUCACCUCUCAUUUUCUCCCAGUGCCCACCUCCUAGCCCCCGGCAACCACUAAUCUAUUUAUCUCUCUGUAGAUUUGCCAGUUCUGGUCAUUUCCUGUAAAUGGAGUUCUACAAUAUUUGGUCUUUUGGAACUGGCUUCCCGAAUGUGGUUUUCUAUAUGGAGUGAAUUCUCAUCUUGAAAACUGUUAUUGCUGUGAAAGGGAGUGGUUGGUAGAAAUCAAUAGAUUUCAGGCAGGAGGGCCACAUACCUAACAGAUUUUUUCUCUGUGAAUCUUAUGCUAUUAGUUUUUCCUCAUAAGGAAGCAUUCAUGAUAUACUACUACUUAUAGUAUGGUGGCUAGUCUCUAGAACGGAUGUUGAAAUCUUUGCCUGCACAGUCAGGGAGAGUCCUGCUAAAUAUCAGGCCAAGUCACUUGGCAAAUAAUUGACAAAGUAGUUUUCAGUUGUGUCUAUCUUUGCUAGCAGCUUGCAUAUCUUGGGCCAGGUGAGCUCACCAAAUUUCUUCUUUGAAACCAAUGAGUUUCUGCUGUCUUUUUCAAGUAUGUACCAUAGGACUUAAAGGUGAUUUGGAUGCGUUGUAACAUUGCUAAAUGUACUAAGUACAGAAUUUAUUUACAGUACUAUGAGACAGUCAAUUAUUGCCUAGGAACGUUCAAAAAUAGGACAAUGUGAGCUAGUUAAGCCUUCACUUGACUAAUGUUCAGAGGUGUGUACCAGUCAAGGCUCUUUAAAAUCUAGGAAGACUCAAUAACCAGGGAACCAGCCAAAUACUGUGCAGCCGCAGAAUAUGCAUAGCAGUGAAUCUUGGAGACGAUUAUGCUUUGUAACUCUCUAAUGAUUAUUUCCUAAGCAUUGUGGCUUCCCAGUGGCUUGAGAGCAUCUUCCUGGUUGUAUGUAGCCUGUUUUCAUGAUGUUUUGAGUAAUGUUGUUUGUUGUGAGCAUCAAUGCCUGUAACACCAAGGUAAACACAUGUUUUUGGAAUAUGUUUCCUCCCCUUGAAUGACCUUGCCCUGUCCAAUAAAUAAAUGAUUGUCUCACCUGU